UCAUACAGCAAUGGGGAAGAAAAGUCGAAUCACCGGAGGAGCGGUCGGUCGGAGGACGAUCCUACAGCUUUCACCCCCUGGGCUCCGUGGUGGGAAUGGCGGGGAGAGGGAUGAAGCACCCUCUGGAUCUGAUGAUGAACAGGAGAGUGAUGGUCACAGAAUCGUGAGAGAAGUGCGCGCAAACAUGAAGGCUCCCGCAGUGAAGGCCACAGAGGGGUUGUCCUUGCUUGGAGCCUAUGAGGACAGUGAUGAUGAGGAAGCCGGGGACUCUCAGCGUUCAACUGCAAAUUCUCAACUCAAUCAGUCAACUGACAUUGACAGUACAUUGGCCAAUUUCAUGGCUGAAAUUGAUGCAAUCACCACUCAGCCAAGUUCAGAUGAUACAGCAUCUCAUUUGUCAGUCUCAGCGACUGACCCUCCCAGACCUGAGGUCAAUACUCAGCAGCUACCUGCCAGUGAAGGACAGAAUCGAGAAAGCACUGAGUUUGAGUACAAUACUCAGUACUCACUAGCUGGAGUGGGUGUAGAGAUGGGAGAUUGGCAGGAGGUAUGGGAUGAGAACUCUGGCUGUUACUAUUACUGGAACACUCUGACCAACGAGGUGUCCUGGGAGCUGCCACACUAUCUGGCUGAUCAGGUGCAAAGCCUGGGGCAGUAUGCCAACAGCUCUAGUGUCAAUGGCAAUGGCACAGUGCAUGCAGGUUAUCACAGUGAGGAAAGCGCUGCAUCCGCUGUUGCCCCGACACUAGUGAAAGAGACCAAAGUGAAGGAGGUCAUUGAGAGUGUUGUAGGCCUUACAAGUGAAGAGGAGGAGCACCGUGGAGUGGCUGCAUCUCUGCUUGGUCCUCUGAUCCCUUCUGAAGUGAAAGAAGCUGAAGAAAAAUGGAGAAAAAGACUGCUUAAAGGUCCAGACGAGCCUGAGAACAGUUUGGAUUCUGAUGGAGAAGGUGUUCGUCCUGCAGGCUCCCCCUGUACGCCUCCACAGGACCCAGACCCAGUCUCAGUCCCCAAUGUUCAGAAAGAGCUUUGCAUCAAGAAGCAGUCCAGAGAGAACUCAGAUGCUGAGGAGGCAGAGGAGGACACAAUGGAACUAGAACUGACACUGGAGAGAAAAAAGGCUGAGCUACGGGCGCUGGAAGAAGGUGAUGGAAGUGCAGGGGGCUCCAGUCCUUGUUCUGAGACAAGCCAAGAGGCCUCCGGGUCUCGUGUUCUUCUGCUGAAGAAAAGCCGAUGGAAGACUGCUUUCCCCUGUGCUGCCAGCCCUGACUCAAACAGCAGAAGCUCAGACCUACAGGACAACACAGACACAGCACCUUCUCAAGUACCAGAGAGCAUUGCAGAAGAAGAAGACAAAGAAACAGACGGUAAUGAGGAGAAAGCUGUUUCAAAACCUAUGGUUAAAGAAGAGUCGGAAACUCCCGAGCUCAAAGUGGAGACUCCUGAGCUUAAGUUUCAGAUUGGACAACUGGCUAACACAUUAACCAGCAAGAUGGAGUUCCUGGGGAUAAACAAAAAGGCAAUCUCAAACUUUCAGUUGCUUCUGCUACAAACUGAGACUCGGAUUGCUGACUGGAGGGAGGGCGCCCUGAAUGGGGUCUAUCUUCGCCGCCGGCUGCAGGAAGCUGCCGAACACAUAAAAUAUUACGAACUUAACGCCACCCCUAAAGGCUGGUCCUGCCACUGGGACAGAGAGCACAGGCGGUAUUUCUAUGUGAACGACCGGACCGGUGUCUCCCAGUGGGAUUUCCCAACAGAGGAGGACAAAUGCGAGGACCUGAAGGGCAGCCAGGGUACCCUGACACAGACAUCCAUCCAGGGGGAUACCAAAACAUCAUCUACAUCUACUGAUGGGGUCACAGGAACUUCCUCUGCUGCCCCACCAGCCCCUGCUCAGCCCAGUGCAUCGUCCCUCUGGUCUCCAUCUCAACCUCCUCUUCCUGACAGUCCACCUCCACCUUCCAACUACCCCCCACCUCCACCUCUCCCACCAGGCUCACCACCUCCACCUCCUCCCCCUCCUGACAGUGAUGGAGAGAUCAUGGAGGUGGAGAUGGAGAUGGAUGAUGAUAAUAAUGACGGGGAGCCUCCAGCACCUGGAACUGAGGAAGAUGCCGGUGUGAGGCCUCCUUUACCUCCAGGCGCUGCUAGCAUGAAGAUUGUGGAGUCGUCUGGCCCCUUGGGGAAGGGUCAGAAACGUAAAGCCAGUCAGCUGAAUAAAGCUAUUACUAUUGGCAGCAGUCCCAUUCUCUACACCCAGCCUGCUGUCAGUGCAGAAAGAAGACCAGAGCCCAGUCUGUGUUCACUUAGAGCAAGUGCUCCCAAGACAAAGCUUGGAACCCCUUUAAUGUCAGCAACUGCCUACUGGGGCGUAUCAGCUGUCAGUGCCCCUUUGGUCCCAUGUGAACCUCCUCCCCCACCUGUCCCAGCCCUACCCCCUCAACCACCACUGCCACCAUCCCAGCCACCCUAUGAACAUCCUGGAGCCAAAGCUGUGGCCACAGACAAGAAUAAGAAAGCAAAAAAGGAUAAGUCAAAGAAGAGUAAGAUCAAAAUGCCUUCAUUGGUGAAAAAGUGGCAGAGCAUCCAGAAGGAGCUGGAUGAGGAAGAGAAGAGCAGCUCCAGUGACGAGGACCGAGAUCAGCUUAACAAGAAGAGUAUCGAGGAGUGGAAGCAACAGCAGCUUAUGACGGGAAAAGCGUCAAAGAACGCCAACUUUGAAGCACUUCCUGAAAACUGGCGGGAGCGACUAAAGAAACGAAAGACCAUGAAUAACACAUAAUAUCCAGCCAGGAUCGUUUUUUUUUGUUGUUGUUGUUUUUUUUUUUUAAAUCCCCUCCAAACAUCACCAUAAGGUCAUCCUUCCUCAGCUUUGUUCAGGUUUUGUUGAAUGAUCUAUGGACUUAAUUUACCAUUUUCCUGGUUCUUGAUUGAGACAUUUAGAGGCCCUUACAUGGCAGGCCAUUCACCAGAGGGGUUUGAGUGUCGUCUUGUUUUUGUUGUCGUAAAUGUGCCAAAUGUCUGGAAUUUAUCAGAUAUACUUCAUCACCAUUUUGUAUAGACCCCAAGCAGAUGACCACCACUGUUUGUUUGGAAGGAUUAUCUAUUUUAUUGAACAUUUUUAGAGCUGUGUACAUACAGUGAAUAAUGGGAUAAGCCAAGUUUUUGGAAGGGGAGGGAAUCUAACUGAACUUGUAUAUUUUGUAUAAAGUUAUUAAACGUUUUUUUUUUUUUUCCAGAGCCAUUUGUUAAGUUGUUUUUCUAUGCUGUGUAUUUUUAUUAUUCAUUAAAAACAAAUGUUUUGAAUAGACAA